GCUCACGUGACCUUGUUUUGACGCGCCGGAACCGUGCAGGUGACGUGGAAUAUGGAGAAGAUAGCGAGAAAUCCGUGUGUGAUAAGACGGUAUCGAAUCUGUUCUAAUUGUAAUCGGAUCCGUAGAGGAGUUUAGAAGCCCUGUUCGUCAAAAGGAUCCAGUUAAAAUAUAAAGUUGUUUUUGUACCCGAUAGCUUGAAACAAGCCUGAUUAUUGAAGUUGUCAGAGGAGUCAGCGUUGGUAUACUUGUACAGGAUUACCGUACUGUAGCAGCCAGGUGGAAUUCUUAUGAGAACUUCGUAAGUUCUCCUGCGAUUUCCAGUCCAGUCAUGGCUAGUCAAGAUGAUUUAAAAUUUCAGGAGUUUGAGGAGGCCACAGAUCUACUGUCCUCAAAUCCUGGAGCCUCGACCCUCAGCGCCUCCAGCCCUAGUGUAACUGCUUCCUCUGGAGACGUCAAACUUGAUCUAUCAGAUGAUGAGGACAAUCAGCAGGAGAGCUCAGAGUUGCUUGGAGGUGAAAAACAAACCAGUGGUUUUUGGACGUUCGAAUACUACCAGUCGUUCUUCAACGUAGAUACAUUGCAGGUGCUUGAUAGGAUAAAAGGCUCAGUUAUGCCUUUGCCUGGACGAAAUUUUGUCAAACACCACAUUCGAAGUAACCCUGAUUUAUACGGUCCAUUUUGGAUCUGUGUGACUUUAGUGUUCUCAGUGGCGAUCAGUGGAAACCUCUCCACCUUUCUGAGUAAGAUGGGAGACCCAGAGUAUCACUACAGGCCUCAGUUCCACAGAGUCUCAAUUGCAGCAGUUGCUGUGUUCCUCUAUGCAUGGCUGGUACCUCUAGGAGUUUGGGGUUUCCUAACAUGGCGUCAGAGUGUUGAGAGACAGACCAGUGGUUAUACCUUUUUAGAGACUGUGUGUGUCUACGGUUACUCUCUCUUCAUAUAUAUCCCUACUACGAUAUUAUGGACCAUUCCCUUUGACUGGCUUCAGUGGCUAUUGAUUGUCAUUGCUAUGGUUAUCUCUGGUUCGGUGUUGGUCAUCACUUUCUGGCCGACUGUUCGUGAUGACACAAAAUUAACGGCUUUUGUUACCAUGGCAGUUAUAGUGUCGCUUCAUGCCCUUCUGGCAGUCGGCUGUAAGCUCUACUUCUUCCAAACGGCAACACAGACAGGAUCAUCAUCACACUCUGUACAUCAGACUACUUCAGCAUCUAAUCACACAGCACUUAACAUGGCAAAACCUCACUGACCAACCAAAUGGGAGCUUAGUCCUUGGAUUCAGUGGACAUGGAAUGACAUAGAAAUGUAUAGUAAUAACUGAGCAAUGAAGGAGUUCUUCUGACUAGUGUACUUACAAAUAGAUCUACAGUGUUUCCAUAAUAGAAAUAACCUCUCUCAGAUCACAAGAAGUAAUGACUUAAGCUUUGAUUUUGACUUGAGUUUGUAAGGUUUUCCUAAUACACAGAAUGACUCGCCUGAUAUUGGUUUCCUGAAGUGUUAUGGUCACUUGUGUUCAGUUGUUACGUUUAAGCAUAAAUUUGAUAGUGUUUUGCCUACUUUUGUAAUUCCUUUUACUUGGUUGCAAGAAAUCAAAAACUGAAUCGAUUGAAAGAGUGAUCUGACAUUACUUUGAAUUGGUAUGCGAUGCAAAGUUUGCCUUAUAACCCCUGACAGCUCUGCUUUCUUUCCUUUUAAAGGGUGCUACUCUCUUAUUGUUCUGUAAAUUGUGAGAGGAAGUACCUGGAUUAAGUAAUUAUUUAUUUUUCCUUUUCUGACAAGUUUUCUGUUUUGAUGACACUGUGUAUUAAAGUUAUUCUUGUCAGGGUAAACCUUGUCAUUUUGAAUUUGGUUGGUAUUGUGAUCUCAACAUGUAUUUAAGAGCGCAAAGAAGAAUGCUUUGCCAUACUACGCACACUCACUGAACACUUGAAACGCUAUUCUAAUACUGGGUAGGGCCUCCCCUCUCAAAACAGCCUCAAUUCUUUGUGGCAUGGAUUCCACAAGAUCUUGUAAACAUUCCUUUGAGAAUCUGGUCCAUGUCAACAUGAUUGCAUUAAGCAAUUUCUACAGAUUUAUCAGCUGCACAUUCAUGCUGCGAAUCUCCCAUUCUACCACAUCCCAAAUGUGUUCUAUUUGAUUCAGAUCUUGUGACUGGGAAAGCCACUGAAAAACAAGUAAGUCAUGUUCAUGAAACCAGUUUGAGAUUACUUUUGCUUUGUGACAUGGUGCAUUAUCAUGCUGGAAGUAGCCAUUAGAAGAUGGUAAAUUGUGGCCAAGAAGGGGUGCACAUGGUCAGCAACAACACUCAAAUAGGCUGUGGCAUUCAAGCAACAAUUGAUUGGUAUUAACGGGCUCAAAGUGUGCCAGGAAAACCUUCCCCAUACCAUUACACCACUGCCACCAGCCAGGACUGUUGACACAAGGCAGUUUGGGUCCAUGGAUUCAUGCUGUUGGUGCCAAAUUCUGACCCUGCCAUCUGUGUGCCUCAACAGAAAUUGAGAUUCAUCAGACCAGGAUAAAUUUUUUCCAGUCUUAAACAGUCCAGUUUUGGUGAGCCUGUGCCCACUGCACCCUCAAUUUUCUGUUCUUGGAUGACAAAAGUGAAACCCAACGUGGUCUGUUGUUGUAGCUCAUCUGCCUCAAGGUUCGACAUGUUGUGCAUACUGAGAUGCUUUUCUGCUCACUACAAUUGUACAGAGGGGUUAUCUGAGUUACCGUAGCCUUUCUGUCAGCUCAAACCAGUCUGGCCAUUUUCCAUUGACAUCUCUUAUCAACAAGGCAUUUCCGUCUGCAGAACGGUCACGCACUGGAUGUUUUUUGUUUUUGGCACCAUUUUAAGUACACUAGAGACUGUUGUGUGUGAAAAUUCUAGGAGAUCAGCAGUUAGAGAAAUACUCAAGCCAGCCUGUCUGGCACAAACAAUCAUGUAACGGUCAAAAUCACUGAUAUCAAAUGUUUUCCCCAUUCUAAUGGUUGAUGUGAACAAUAUCUGAAGCUCAUGACCCAUAUCUACAUGAUUUUAUGCAUUGCACUGCUGCCACAUGAUUGGCUGAUUAGAUAAUCACAUGAAUAUGUAGGUGUACAGGUGUUCCUAAUAAAGUGCUCAGUGAGUGUCUAUAAAGGAAUGGUUCACCAAAAAACUCUGUCACUCUCACUGCACUGAUCCAUACCUGUAUGACUUUUUCACACAAGGAGACAUUUUGAAAAAUGGCCUAUAUGGACAACUUUUGAGAGUAACUUGUCACUGUCUUACUGUAAAGAAACAUUUCUCCUUUUGUGUUCCACAGAGGAUAUAAAGUAAUGUGGUUGCCAAACAACAUGGGGUGAGUAAAUAAUGACAAGAGUUUUCAUUUCUGGGUAUUCCAUUAAGAUAUUUUGCUUCAUUUGGAAGCAGACAAUAAUAAAUCUUAAGCCAUGUACCCGUUUAUGCGUUACCCAAAAAUUCAACAACAAAUGCUGAUUACAUAUGACAAAACCAUAAAGUUCUGUUUUUACCUCUACUUAUUUUUGCACCAUAUUGGGUUUGCAAAGGACUAUGCAAGAACACACACACACACACACACACACACACACACACACACACACACACACACACAUAAUAAAAAAAAAAAAAAAUACAAAUAAAAAUAGAAUGCUACUGCAAGUAGCCACACUUUUUAGGACUUCUCCAUCAACAUUUAAUUAGCUGCUUUUUUGUCAAAAAAAAAAAAAAAAUAA